UAUUGUCCGCGCUAAAAAUACAGUAUUUUCUUGACAUUGACACGAACGGAGCGAGCGCUGCAGUGAUGGAGACGCAGACGCAGAGCAGGAUGGGCCUGAGGGACGAGCUGCUGAAGCCCAUAUGGCACGCUUUCACCGCGCUGGAUGUGGACCGCAGCGGGAAGGUCUCCAAGUCCCAGUUAAAGGUGUUGUCCCACAACCUGUGCACCGUGAUGAGAAUCCCUCAUGACCCCGUUGCCCUGGAGGAACACUUCAAAGAUGAUGACGAAGGGCCCGUCUCCAACCAGGGCUACAUGCCCUACCUGAAUAAAUUCAUCCUGGACAAGGUUUCCGGCGACUUUGACCGCGUGGAUUUCAACAGGAUGUGCUGGACCCUGUGCGCCCGGAAAAACCUGAAUCGUAAUAACCUGCUCAUCAGCGAUGACGAUGCCUUCAAAAUAUGGUGCAUUUUCAAUUUCCUCUCGGAGGACAAGUACCCUUUGGUCAUUGUCACUGAAGAGGUCGAGUACUUCCUGCGGAAGUUGACGGAGGCGAUGGGCGGCAGCUGGGUCGAGGAAAACUUCGAGGAUUACAGGCUGCAGAUGAUCCGUGAGCAGCAGCAGUGCUUGAGCGCCUGGGAGCUCAUCGAGCUGGUGGGCAAGGGCCACCUGAGGAAGGGCAUAGACCACCAGACGCUCUCCAUGGGCAUUAACGAGGUCUUCCAGGAGCUCAUCAUGGAUGUGCUCAAGCAGGGCUACAUGAUGAAGAAGGGCCACAAACGGAAGAACUGGACCGAGCGGUGGUUCCUGCUGCGGCCAAACUCCAUCUCUUACUAUGUCAGCGAGGACUUGACGGAGAAGAAAGGAGACAUUGUGCUGGACGGGAACUGCUGCAUCGAGUCCUUACCAGACAAGGAAGGAAAGAAGUGCCUCUUUAUUGUCAAGUGCUCCGACAAAAGCUUCGAGAUCAGCGCGUCCGAUAAAAAGAAGAAGCAAGAAUGGAUCCAAGCCAUCCAAACCUGCAUCAACCUGCUGCGGAUGGGCCAGCCGUCGCCGCACCGCGAGGCGCGCCAGAAGCGCAAGGAGCUGCGGCAGAGGCUGCAGGCGGAGCAGGAGGAGCUGGAGAGGAGGAUGAAGGAGCUGCAGGCCGCCAAUGAGAAUAAGCAGCAGGAGCUGGAGUCCGUGAGGAAGAAACUGGAGGAGGCAGCAGCCAACGCCGAGGAAGAAGAGCAGAGGCGCCUGCAGAUCCAGAAGCAGAUGCAGGAGAGCUACCGGGUAGAGCUGGAGAGGGAGAAAAUGGUGCGUCAGCAGAUGGAAGAGCAGGUGGCCCAGAAGUCGAGCGAACUGGAGCAGUACCUGCAGCGCGUGCGCGAGCUGGAGGACAUGUACCGGCGCCUGGAGGAGGCGCUGGAGGACGAGAGGCAGGCGCGGCAGGACGAGGAGACCGUGCGCAAGCUGCAGGCCAGGCUCCUGGAGGAGGAGGCCGCCAAGCGAGCGGAACUGGAACAGAUCCACCUGCAGCAGCAGAGGACCAUCUCCCAGACGGAGGCAGAGAAGCAGGAGCUGGAGAACGAGCGGCUGGCCAAAGAGGCGGCGCUGGAGGCCGCGCUCACGCAGCUCGAACAACUGCAGAACGAGAGGCAGGGGGCGCUAGAGCAGUACGAGGAAGUAAUUAAAAAACUGGAAGAUGCUACCAAUAAAACCAAGAGCUGGAAAGACAAGGUUGCCCACCACGAGGGACUGAUCCGUCUCAUUCAGCCAGGCUCCAAGGGACCUCAUAAGAUCACGAAUUGGGGACCAGCUGCCUUCACCGAGGCCGAGCUGUCGCUGAGGGAAAAGAGCUGGCAGGAGAUGAAGAACAAAUCCACGCAGGCCCAGUAGAGCCAGACCCCAGCGAACGCAUAGCGCUCCCUUUGCGUUGCUGCGACGUUACUGAAAAAGCGGCAACGCAACUGUUGUGAAUUAAACUGAGCUUCUAGUAAGGAAUGCCGUCCCAUCUAGUGACUGUCCUUCAACACUGAUGUGAAUUGGCCAGAAGAAGAAUAUUGCGCAAUAGUCCAUCUCUUGCUGAGUUGGGCAACAGCAUUGUCACAAAGGGAACAUGAAGUUCACAGUUCUGCUGAGUUCAGAUACACUGAGAUCAGAUAAAGUUGUUUAUCAUUCCACACCUAAUAUUAGUGUCUUAGUAGCCAAACUUUGUGUCGUUUAAUGGUUUUUUUUCUAGUUCUUUUCUUAACUGUACAUGUUUUAAAAGUCUUUCUUUUGCUAUUUUCUUUGUGACCAAAGUGUUUGAAAAUAGAAAUUACUUUUUGUAUUAAUUAUUUAAAUGCAAACUACUUGCCUUCAUUGAGGAAAUGUGGACGUGUCUUGCGCUGCCUUUGUUGAAAUAUCUGUUUUAAACGUACUUCUGAAAGACACGCGUUUAUGUCAAUGUAAGGUAACGCAUUCCAACUUUUAACUGUUUCAGCCUCUCAAUCACUCACCAUACUAGACGUGAUGGUGUCAAACUACUGAGGAGGACUGUUUUAACGUGUCUCAUCUUGAAUCUUUAACACUUGCCAAAACACUCAGAGAUCUGAAGCAUUUUCUCAAAUUAUACAG